CUUAGCGCAGGCGCAGUCACUGCUCGCCCGCUCCUGAGGAGGGUCUCUCUGAGUAACCCGGAAGUGCUUCUCCUUUUGGUGGCAGUGACAGGACGUCGGAGAGUGCUGGAGUUUGCAGUGGCAGCGGUGCACUGUCCCCAGCAUGCAAAGAUUACUUUUUCCGCCCUUGAAGGCCUUGAUGGGAAGCCCGUGUCUCCGACUCCUGGUUCCUCGGGCGGCGCCUAGGACACAGUGUGGUUGCAGCUGUGGGAUCAGGAGCGCCUUAAGGCCAGGGCAAUACAGCACCAUCUCUGACGUAGCUUUACAGUCUGGAAGGGGUACAGAGUCCCUUCCUUCAAAGGCUGCUGAGCGAGUAGUGGGCCGAUGGCUGCUGGUCUGCAGUGGAACAGUGGCUGGAGCUGUUAUACUUGGUGGAGUAACGAGGUUGACAGAGUCUGGCCUCUCAAUGGUAGAUUGGCAUUUAAUAAAGGAGAUGAAGCCACCUACAAGCCAAGAGGAAUGGGAAGCAGAAUUCCAAAAAUACCAGCAAUUUCCAGAAUUUAAAAUCUUGAAUCGUGAUAUGACAUUGGCAGAAUUCAAGUUCAUCUGGUACAUGGAAUACUCACACCGAAUGUGGGGUCGCCUUGUAGGCCUCGCAUACAUCCUGCCUGCUGCCUACUUUUGGAGAAAGGGCUGGCUCAGCCGCAACAUGAAAGGACGUGUUCUUGCCCUCUGUGGUUUAGUCUGCUUCCAGGGUCUGUUGGGAUGGUACAUGGUGAAAAGUGGAUUAGAAGAAAAGCCAGAUUCCCAUGACAUCCCUCGGGUCAGUCAGUACCGCCUCGCUGCCCACCUGGGAUCAGCCCUUGUUCUGUACUGCGCCAGCCUGUGGACCUCGCUCUCACUGCUGCUUUCCCCACACAAGUUGCCUGAAACCCGUCAACUCCUACGGUUGAGACGAUUUGCUCAUGGAACAGCAGGCUUGGUGUUCCUCACAGCUCUCUCAGGGGCUUUUGUGGCAGGACUGGAUGCUGGGCUUGUUUACAACUCCUUCCCCAAGAUGGGAGAAUCUUGGAUCCCAGAGGAUCUCUUUACCUUUUCCCCCAUCCUGAGGAAUGUUUUUGAGAAUCCCACCAUGGUGCAGUUUGAUCACCGGAUUCUGGGAAUCACUUCAGUUACUGCCAUUACAGUGCUCUACCUCCUGUCCCGGAGAAUUCCCCUUCCUCGAAGGACCAAGAUGGCAGCAGUGACUCUGCUAGCUUUGGCGUAUACACAGGUGGGUCUGGGCAUUAGCACUCUGCUGAUGUACGUUCCAACUCCUUUGGCUGCCACUCACCAGUCCGGCUCCUUGGCUCUGCUCAGUGUUGCCCUUUGGCUCAUGAACGAACUCCGAAGAGUCCCAAAAUAAUUCUAAGAGGCUCAGUUUCGUAGGACUGAAACUGUGCUUUUGAGAGCUCAUCAGAGAGCACAGAACUUGGGUUCUUCUAAGAGGACGACCUUGGCAUGUCAAGUGGUUUCCAAAGUGUCAAGGUUUUACAAAUUCUUUGCCUAUUUUUGAGAUAGUCACUAGAUCACGAAUAUCAUUAACUGUGGUUACGCUAACGGUUCCUUUUCAAAUCUGUUACUUUUCAUGUUGAAAAUCAGGUUUAAUAAAAAGAAGGAAACAUUUUCAGAUCUGCUAUUUGCUGCUUCUUAAUAGGCUCUGUCUCAGUUUUCUAAUGUUGGGAAGCUCUUGGUUCUACACACAUCGUCGCUGUCUCCUUGACCUCCGGAGUCCUGAAUUCUGCCUAAGUAGAAAUCUGUUACGACCUUAACUUCAUGUCCAUCAGGUGAAGAUUCAAAGGAAGGAUUGGCAUACCCUAAAGAAGCCAGAUAAGCUUCAGCAA